AUGUGGGCGGUGGUUAGCAUGAGCUUUGUCCUCGGGAUGCGCGAGAAGGGUCAGGGCACUGUCGUCUCGCUGGUCAACAAAGAUCUUACGGGAGAGCGCAGCUUGUCCAAGUCCGUGCUGUUCGUCCAUGAAAUGCCUACCGUGGGUCUUGCAGCCUGGGGACUUGGGUAUUGGUCUCCGAAAGUGGUGCUCGUGGACCUCAUGGGCACCUGCGACCAGACCAGCCCUGCGCUGCAGAUGCAGCUCUUCGCCCGGCUGCCCACUUGGGCCAAGUCCAUGCCUCACUGGAGCCGGGGGGCCUUCGCGUUGAGGUCGCGGCUUCAGUGGCAGUGCAUCGACUGCUCGGGCGCCUGCAGCCUGGACAAAGCCUUGGCGGAGCACGUGGACACGCUGGUCAAGGCGAAAGAGGAACAGGAUCGGAAGGACCGGGAGCUUCUCCAGGUCGUGGCUCCGAAGGCGGCGAUUAAGGAGCUCCUAGUCGAGUACGGCUUGCAGGACUUGCAUCUUGGCAGGGAGCUGAUGAUAAGGCCACUACCUGUCACCAGGUACCGAGAGGUCAAAGACCGCAUGGAUGCUCUGAACAAGAAUUUGACCGGCCUAGUCCUAGUCAGCAAGUCGCUGCAGGGAAUUCAGAAAGACGACGAUCGGACAAGGAAACGGCGGGUGGAGCGACUUCUCCGUCAGAAAGCGGACCCCAGCGCGCUGGACAGAUUCGGCAACACAGCCCUCUCCCAGGCUGCAGAUGCAGGUCAUGUGGACGUGCUCGAGACGUUGAUGAAGCACGGAAAUCAGCUGGAGGCACGCGACCAGCAAGGUUGCACAGCCUUAAUCCACGCCGCAAGGAGGGGCCACCUUGAGGUGGUCAAGGCGUUGCUGAAGGCCGGAGCCCAGUUGGAGGCCCACGAUAACUCUGGCCGCACGGCCCUCCUCGUUGCUGCAAAAGAAGACCACCUGAAGGUGGUCGAGGCCUUGCUGAAGGCCGGAGCCCGGCCCGAGGCCCGCGGUCAGUAUAACUGGACAUUCUUUGACUUGGCGCGACACCACCCAGGGCUUGCGGACAUCCUGAAGAAGCACCUCGAGGCCCAGUGA